UUUUUUUCACAUUCUAGACCAUCCGUACAUUCAUCGAUGGGAUGAUUGAACGCCGUAUGGGUCACAUUGUUGCAGUUGCUUCUGUAGCAUCUUACCUCCCGCAAGGCCGAAUGAUAUCCUACGUUGCCUCGAAAUAUGGACUUCGUGGCAUGAUGGAAGCCUUUAGUGACGAGCUUUACUAUGAAGGACUAUCGGAUCAGAUAAAAACGACAAUCACGUUCCCAUUUUUCAUGCCCACUCGAAAGGAAUUGAUUGAUAUGCUUUGUAAAUUGAAAAUUAUCGCUAGAGUGCCAAUUUUUGCACCGGAGAAAAUGGCACGUCGAACCGUCAAUGGAAUUCUCUGCAACAGUCGACAAGUAUUUUUGCCGAAAAUUUUCGGCUUCGGAUUGAAGGAGUACGAAUUCAUUCCAAACGACGUGAAACGAUUGGGACGGAAGCUGGUGUUCCAAAGUGACAUUCCACGAUUGAUGCCGUUGCCUUCACAGUUCAAUAUGGGGUGAUUCUCAUGUAACGGGCAUAAUUGGACCUCCGACGAUGGGCAUAAUUUGAUCUCCGAUUGGUCUAAAUUCGUAUCGGUCAAUUGCUACUUUGAAUCAGUAAAAAGAAGGAAAUUUGUUUUAUAACUUUUUAUACAGUAAAACAAAUACUCACUGUGUUCCACAAAAGCUACAUUUUUGUGGUUUAGCAUUACCAAUUGUAAAAUAAGCAGUACCUGGAAAGAGAAGAAUAAUUAUG